GAUGCUUCCGCUCGUACUGAUGCUGCUGCUGCUUCCCGCCGCCCCCGCGGACCCCACGCUGACCCCGCGGACCCCACGCUGACCCCCGCCGUGUCUGCCUCCCCACCACCGCGCCUCCAGACGCUCGGUGCGCUCGGAUCAGCUGUGGAGCGGUCCACGGCGGGAGAACGGGCCGACACCAGGCGGGAGGAGGAGCAGGAAGACCAUCAUCAUCACCGUCACGACGCCGGCGGGUACCGGGUGAUCCAGUGGGAGUGGAACUACGUCCAGGCUCCGUACAUCAUCGCUAUCUGGCUCCUGGUGGCCAGCGUGGCCAAAAUCUUGUUCCACUUCUCGCAGCGGUUUACCACCAUCGUUCCAGAGAGCUGCAUGCUGAUUCUUCUAGGCCUCAUUCUUGGUGGGAUUGUGCUUAUAGCCAAUAAGAAGCAGCUGUACCACCUGGAGCCCGCCCUCUUUUUCCUCUUCCUGCUGCCGACCAUCGUUGGAGAUGCUGGCUAUUUCAUGCCUGCUCGCCUUUUCUUUGACAACCUGGGAGCAAUCUUCAUGUACGCAGUGGUGGGAACACUGUGGAAUGCAUUUUGCACUGGCUUCUGCCUUUACGCCGUCAAGGUGUUGGGGAUCAUAGAUGAAGGUGUGCAGGCGGAUCUGAUGGACUUCCUGCUCUUUGGCUCAUUGAUCUCAGCUGUUGACCCAGUGGCAGUACUGGCCGUGUUUGAGGAAAUUCAUGUGAAUGACACACUCUUCAUUAUUGUGUUUGGAGAGUCAUUGCUCAAUGAUGCUGUCACUGUGGUUUUAUAUAAAGUCUAUAUUUCCUUUGUCGAAGUGGGAGUGGAAAAUGUUCGGACAUCAGAUUACUUCAGAGGAGUCGCCUCCUUUCUUAUUGUCAGUGUGGGAGGAACUCUGGUGGGUCUGGUCUUUGCCGUAAUUCUGGGCUUCAUCACUCGCUUCACCAAGAAGAUUCGGAUCAUUGAGCCACUCUUUGUACUUCUGCUGGUCUACCUGGCCUAUUUGACUGCUGAGCUCUUCUCCCUGUCUGCCAUUCUGUCAAUGACUUUCUGUGGCAUCGGGGCCAAUAAAUAUGUGGAAGCCAACAUUUCACAGAAAUCCAGGACAACAGUGAAGUACACGAUGAAAACUCUAGCCAGCAUUGCGGAAACCAUCAUCUUCAUCUUCCUGGGGAUCUCUGCUGUGGAUAAAUCCAAGUGGGCCUGGGACACUGGUCUGGUGUCCUGCACACUCAUUUUCAUCUUCAUCUUCAGAGCUGUGGGCGUGAUUGGCCAGACCUGGAUUUUGAACCGCUUCCGCCUUGUCCCAUUGGACAAAAUUGACCAGGUAGUGAUGUCGUACGGUGGCCUGCGAGGGGCAGUGGCAUUUGCACUGGUUGUUCUUCUGGAUGACAAACAGGUCAAAGCCAAGGAUUACUUUGUUGCAACGACCAUCGUGGUUGUUUUCUUCACAGUCAUGUUUCAGGGUCUGACAAUAAAACCUCUGGUAAAUUGGUUGAAGGUUCCUCGAUCUACCAGCAGAAAGCCAACCAUCAAUGAGGAGAUCCAUGAGAGGGCGUUUGACCACAUCCUCACUGCAGUAGAGGACAUCGCAGGACUGCAGGGAUACCACCACUGGAGGGACAAGUGGGAGCAGUUUGAUAAGAACUACCUCAGUAAGCUGCUGCUGAGGAAGUCAGUCUACAGGAAAAGUGAGCUGUGGGAGGCUUAUCAGAAGAUCAAUAUCAGGGAUGCCAUCAGUGUCAUUGACCAGGGGGGUAACGUCUUGACCUCGGCCCGGUUAUCUCUGCCAUCUAUGGCUAGCAGAGCAUCUUUCCCUGAAUUCACCAAUGUCACUAAUUACCUGCGAGAGAACGGCAGCGGUGUUUGUCUGGACCUCCAAGUGGUUGACAACAUCCCUGGGUCCAAAGUACAGGAGGACAUGGAAACGCAUCAUGUUCUCGCUGAAAAUCUGUACAAACCCAGGAGACGGUAUCAGUCGCACUACAGCCGUCACUUCAUGCCACUGGGGGAAAAGGAGCGUCAGGACCGUGAGGUUUUCCAGAGGAACAUGAGGAGUCGAAUGGAGAUGUUCAAAUCCAACCGACAUAAACGACACAAGAAGGAGCGCAGCUUUAAAAAGCAACGGGGAUCUGACUCCAAGGAUGACAUUUGUGACAAACGCAAUGUGAGCUGGCAGAACAAAGAUCCUGUGGUUAUUCCGGUGGAGUCAGUCCAGGUCAACGAUGAAGACUCUGAUCCAGAGAAGGAGGAAGACGUUGGGAUCACUUUUGUCGCUCGUCGAGUAGAAACAUCCAAACAAAGACCUAAAUCAGGUCCUGUUGGCCUGGGUAAGUACCAGAGCCUGUCUUUAGCCCCGCCCUCUCCUUCCGAUGGAGACAGUCACUUGCCAUGGAAGGGCGGAGUCGGCUCGCCUCCUCCCUGCGUGUCCGUGGAGGCCACAAAGAUCAUCCCAGUGGACCUCCAGGAGGCCUGGAACCAGAGCAUCUCCUCACUGGAGAGCAUCUCCUCCCCUCCUGCCACUGUUGAGGCCGUCUGUCCCCGAGUGAGUGCCCUCUCCAGGCCAGGAGGGGACCGUCCUGCCCCCUCUACCCUGCCAGUGAAUGUGGCAGGCAGCACGCCUUUUGGAGCUCAUGUGGUGCAGUCCUCCUUCCGCUUCUCCAAAAAGAAUACAGAGGAGCAAGAAGAGGAGCAGCUACAGGAACAGCAGGAAAUUCAACCCCUCAUGCCCUCUCUGAGGCCUCGUGGCUCUUUGCCAUCUCCUCUCCGUAGCUCUGUCCCAGAAUCAGGGAGGCAGAGGAACCUUGUGUACCUGAGGAACCUGGUGGCAGCGCCUCCUGCUGGCAUCAACAGGACACACAGCCAAGGCCCCACUGACCUGUAACAUGAGCUCACAGUUCAGCUGAGCUGAGCAAGAAUGCUUCUCCAAAUGGGUAUUCACGACCCCUUUGGAACUCACAAACACGUCCAGUCAACAUCAUAGGUGAGAAAAUGUCUCCGAUUUGUUCCUCAGAGAACCAUGGCACACCUCUGACAAUUAAAAAAA